UGCUCUACAGUGAGUGAACUCGUUUCAUCAUCGCAGACGUCUGUUUUAGAUGUUUUUAGAUCUCUCCCUCUGUCAUUUCUCUCUCUUUCUCUCUCUCUCUCUCAUUUUACAGAGGGAUCAUUAAGGCCAUCUAAAUUGAAAUCCAUCAUAAAAAUGGAAAGAGUGAAAUGGGACAGCGCGAUUGGUGAAUUAGUUUAUUAUUAUAUGUAACAGGCUGUGUUUUAUGUGUGUCAUGGCAGCUCCAGGUUAAGGCCAGCACCGUGUCUGUGCUUCACUCCUGAUGCUCGACUGAUCGUGUGUAGCAUUAAACCCUCAGAUGGAAUAAAUUUUCUGCACCUUGGCUCAUUUUCAAUCAUGGCAGACGCGGAACUGCAGACUUUUACCUCUAUAAUGGACGCGCUCGUGCGCAUCAGCUCCAAUAUGAAGAGUAUGGAGAGGGAGCUCCGCUGUCCUGUGUGUGAGGAGAUGGUGAAGCAGCCGAUUGUGUUGCCGUGCCUACACAGUGUGUGUGUGUUGUGUGCUGCGGAGGUGUUGGUGCAGAGAGGUUACCCUCCCCCUGAACUCCCACCAGAGCCCAACACACCCACAUCAAGCCCCAGCACUCGCUCACCACGACAUGCUCGCCGACCACCACCCAAAACUGACCGUCUCGAGCGUGUGCUCAAAACAGUAUGUGGCACAUAUCCAGGCCGGAGACGGAAAGACACAAUUCUGCUGAACAUGCUGUUUCCUUGUCCCACCUGUCGGCGGGAUGUGGAGUUGGGAGAGCGAGGCCUUGCUGACUGCCUACGCAAUCUCACACUGGAGCGGAUCAUUGAAAGGUACAGACAAACAGUGAGUCUAGGCAGUAUGGCAGUGAUGUGUCAGUUCUGCAAGCCCCCCCAAGCACUGGAGGCCACUAAAGGCUGUGCUGACUGCCGGGCCAAUUUCUGUAACGAGUGUUUUAAGUUGUACCACCCCUGGGGUACGCCUCGUGCUCAACAUGAGCACGUUCUGCCCACACACAGUUUCAGACCCAAGGUGCUGGUGUGUGUUGAGCAUGAGCAGGAGCGGAUGCAGUUUUACUGCCGCUCAUGUCAGCGUCUAUUGUGCGCGCUCUGUAAGCUGCGUCGUGUUCACAACGGGCACAAGGUCAUGCCCAUAGCACACGCCUACCAGACUCUUAAGGAUAAAAUUACUAAGCAGAUGAACUACAUUCUGGGCCAUCAAGAGAGAGUGCAGGCCCAAAUCACUCAAGUGGAGAGUGCCAUCGCUCAGACAGAGGUGAACAGUGCUGUUGCUAAAGAGCAGCUGAAUCAGUGUGUGAACAACAUGCGUGAAGAGAUGGCUGAACGGCAGAGUGCUCUGCUCAAAACCCUGGAGGAGACUCGUGCUCAAAGAUCGGAAGCUCUAAACACGCAGCUUUCAGAGAAGCAGAGUCUGCUGGACAAUGCAGGACUGGUCAUGUACACACAGGAACUGCUGAAAGAAAACGAUCAGCCGUGCUUCGUGCAGGCCGCCAGAGUCACCCAUAACCGGUUGGUUACAGCCAUCGAGCACCUGCAGCGUUUCUCACUCUCUGCUGAUCCCUCGUUCCGUCGUUUCCAUGUGGACAUCUCCCGAGAGCUCAAGCUACUCAGCAGCAUGAAUUUCAUACAAGCUCCACUGGCUCCUGUAAUAGACACCCAAAAGACACUGGCCUAUGAUCAGCUGUAUCUGUGCUGGCGCCUCCCGCAGGACUCGGCUCCUGCCUGGCACUACUCCGUGGAGUUUCAGAGAAAAGACGGCAGAGAUGGACCUUUGUGGGGCGGGGUCAGAUCAGAAGGCUCUGGAGGUCCCAACAGUCCAUGGCAGCGCAUGGACGAGGUGGGUGGGACUAGUGCUGUGAUUGACAGACUGGAGAUGGACAGCGUGUAUGUGCUGAGAGUGAGGGGCUGCAACAAGGCGGGUUUUGGGGAGUACAGUGAGGAAGUGUAUCUACACACACCACCUGCACAAGAUUUUGUUCAAUUCCUCCAUUCCUCUCUCUCUCUCUCUAUACACCCUCUCACAUUUGCCAUUUUCCAUUUAUCCUUAUGUUUGAUUUAUCUUCUCUUUGUUUCUAUCUGCUUUUCCUCUUCUCUUGCUCUGACUUGUAUUCCUGUUAGAUCUGGAAUAUAUCAGCUGCUUGACUGUCUCCAAAUCCUAGAUAUGUACAAUUUUCCUACUUUCCUCUUUAUCCUCCUCCUUGUUUCCUCUUGUACUUCCUUUACCUUUCUACUUGCCCUUCCUCCAUUUUAUUUCUGUCCUCUUUGUGUUUGCCGUCCCUUUUCUCUGUUUGUAUACGAUCCCGACCACUCCGUUCCCUACUACUCCCCUGGCUCUCUCUCUAUCUAUCUCUCUCUCUCUCUCUCUCUCUCGCUCUCUCUCUCUCUUUCUUUCUGUCUCUCAGUGCUGUCAUUUUGUCUGGACUCUCGCUGGGGGCUCCAUGCUGAGCGAGUGGCACUGGGUAAGGGGCAGACGUAUGCCCGUAGCGUGCCUGGUUUGACUUUGCUCCAGGCCGCCGACCGUGCCCUCACUUCCUUUCAUCUGACCACUGACCUCCUGGUGGCGGACGUGUCAAUCACACAGGGUCGUCACUACUGGGCAUGUUCAGUGGAGCCUGGUUCCUACUUAGUCAAGGUUGGUGUUGGUCUAGAAACAAAGCUUCAAGAAUGGUUUCACUUACCACAGGACAUGGCAAGUCCCCGAUAUGAUCCUGACAGUGGGCAUGACAGUGGAGCAGAGGAUGCUCAGGACUGUCCGCCUCCAUUCUGCUUCCUCACCAUGGGCAUGGGGAAGAUCCUAAUGCCCAAAUCUGGGGCAUCUAAUGGCAUGUCUGGCCCCCUCACAGCCCCCCUACCCCCACGCCUCGGCGUGUGCCUGGACUUUGAUAAAGGACAUGUUACUUUCUACGAUGCUCACUCUCUGAGAGUGCUGUGGGACGGGAUUGUCGAUUGCUCCGCCCCUGUUUGCCCGGCUUUUUGCUUCAUUGGUGGUGGGGCGCUACAGCUGCAGGAGAUGAUAGCUAAUCGCAGCAUGGAGCAAGCCCCGCCCAGGAGGGUCACCAUUCAGUCCCAUGCUACAAAUCUGACUGAAAAAAUGAAGCCAUAAACAGUUCUACAGGAAACUCUUAACUGUCAAGCACCUUUAAAUGUCACCCUUUUUUCAGUUUAUUUUGGUUUCACAGGCAGGGCUUUAUAUUAAGAUUUACUCCUGCAUUAUGCUUAGAAACUGCAGCAUGCAGAUGAUCAUGAUUUUAUGAUGCAACCCUUUAUGCUGAAAAUAAAGUAUGUCCAGUUUGGUGCAUGAACAGUAUAACUCAGCUAUAGGCAUAAAGGACGAAUGAUGCAUUUCUAUUGAAGGGAAUGAUGAUUUAUAAGCUAUUUUUUACACGUUUAGCCUGUGAAGCACCAUGUUAAUAAUUUGUACAGGCAUCGAGUAAUACCGGGUUGUGUUUGCUUUUUAUAGGAUUGUACUCUAUAGUUGCCACAUUUGGGUCUCAUUUGUUUAGAUCAAGUUUUGGUGUCAUAGUUAUGAGAGUCCCGUGCCUCUGUUUAAUGUGUUAACACAGUAAGAUCACUGCGUAACAGUCAAAAACGCUGACUCAGUUUGCCAGCGUCCAGUCACAGCAGUCCAAACCAGAUGAAUCAAACUUCCAUCCAUGUUUGUAGAAUGUGUGCGUUUUAGCUGUAACAUUAAUGUCAAAAUGCUAUGAUGCUAUGGUGUUAGUCAUUAUGGCAAUUUCUAAAAAUCACGUCCCUCAGAUGACUGUAUUUUUAAGCAUACGUGGCCUAAGUGUUCCAUUUCACAACAAAGCUCUGUACUGUGAUCUGCCAGCAGACGUGAUGACACGAAAACGUACGAUUUGAACAAUGUAACAUAUCACAAUAUACAGUUACAAUAUUACAGUUAUAACAGUGUGUCACAAUGUCAUGUCUCAGAUAAAUAUACAGUAUACAUAGUAGAAUACAAUUAACAACUGAAUAUGUAUGAUUAUUAUUGACACUGAUUUAAGCAAAGCAUGUUAAAAAAAAAGACUUAAAAUGCAGACGUAUUUUUUAAAACAGCAGAAAACCGUGUCUAUGUAUAAAUAUCCAAAAUGAUCCGUAUCAGAUCCAUGAUUCUGCUGAUGAAAAUAGCCUAAAAUGAAUAAUUAAACAUAAUGCUGGUGUGUAAUGCUCAGGCCUUUAAACUACUGGAAAAACAGAUGGGGUUUUUUGUUGUUAUACUACAGCAUUCUGAUCUGAUCAAUUUUUUUGUUUUACAGCGGCUCUGUUCAAGUUGCAACAUUUCCAUUAUAUUCUAAUACAUUUCUAUAGUAACAGUGUUUCUAUAGUAGCAGCUCACUCAGAGGGACGUGUAUGGCAUUUGUUUCAAAAAGCGUGUCGUUGUUGAUAUUUGAUGUGAGUUUGCAUUUUUGGAAGGAGUCUCCAGUGUCACUUUGUAACAGAGGUACAGCUGUAACUUAUUUUUGCCCCUGAUACAGGAAAAUCUUCAGGAUGGAGCGCUUUGUAGUUUCUCUGUGACAUUACAAGCUGCAUUUCUUUUUAUUUUUUUUUAUUAACUUCACAUGAGAAGAGACUCUGGUGAUGGAAUGACUGUUUUUAGCUGCUAUAGCAGGUUUGCAGACAUUAAACAACAUUAAAUGGAACUAUAAAUGAAUCAAA